AUGGAUAAAAUCUCGAGUCGCGUGAGCGGAGAGUCUCUGCUCAUCGAAAAGAAGCACCGGGCGCUCAUGAUGGGUCUUGUCCCUUACCGCACCCGGGACGCUUCCAUGGCACAAAAUUACCCCGACAUCACAUCCCAGGGCAUCCAUGUUUUCGUCGACAUGUCCAAUAUCGAUAUUGGGUACCAGACCACAUUAAAAGAGAGUCGAUCCAUCCACAAAAGCUCCCGUCUCUCACCUAUGCCUCACCUAAACCUAGAGCUUCUAACCAAAAUUCUGAUCCGAGAUCGGCCAGUGACAGCCCUCAAUGUGUGCUGUUCUACUCUUCCAGGACGUUCAGAACCUCGAUAUGUGCAGCAGCUGCGAGAGUUGGGGUACCACAUUGAUCUAAGAGAACGCAAAAGGGUCAACGACGGGCUUUUCUCAGCAAAGGCGCCUGAGACACUUCGUUAUGUAGAAGACCUUGUAGAUGAGACGCUACAGUCUUGGCUACCGGGGAUGCGAAGCCGGCUGUACACUCGGAUGGCUUCUUCUCAUAUAUGCAGCGUGCGCUACGGAUGGGCUGGAAUGUUGAAGUCAUCUCCUGGAAGAGCAGCCUCUCCCUGA